AUGGCAGAGACCAAACCAAAAGCUACUAAAACGGCCAGCAGUCGUCUUUCUUUCCCUCAAAAAGUCUACAACGUGCUGAAUCUCUGUGAAGAGAACCAUCAGGAACACAUAGUUUCAUGGAUGAACGAUGGGACAGCCCUGAAAGUACACGAUUUGGAACAGUUUGAACGUGAAAUGCUUCCCAAGUAUUUCAAUACUCAGAAGUAUGCUAGCUUUACUCGAGCCUUGUGUGCUCAUGGAUUCGAUUGCGUUAGAACGGGAAGACAAACUGGGAUUUACUCGCACCCUAAGUUUAAUCGCAACGACCCCGCGGCUCCAUCUAUGAUAAAGAGAGUGAAGAGAACCAGUAAUGUGAAAGCAUUGAACAAGCUAUCAAAUGGAAGCCACGGCUUAAUAUUGCGAGAUGGAAACCGAUCAAUUAUGUUUCCAUCUCUUCUGGAUAAUACCGAAUCGCUCAGGACUAAACAUGAUAAUGCAUCAGUCUUGGGUCAGCUGUACCAAACGGUUCGGUCUCAAAUAGCUAAUCGAACAACAAAUGCGCUCAUACGUCUUCCACCAGGGGCACAUUUCAUCAGUUCAGACGAGAGUGGCGAUGACAAUAGUGCGGGUGAACAGUCAGCAUACAAUCCGAUACCAGCAUCGACAUCAGCUGUGCCUUCUAGUUCCUAUCGUAUCGCUCCAGAUUAUAAUAUAAUGACAUUGGACCAACAAGACGAGCAUGACCACACUCAUAACUCUGGUUCAAUCCUCGAUAAUGAAUUUGCACCGAUUCCCUUAUCACCGAAAGACCCACGUGCUCCAGAGGAAGAUGAUUUUGAGCCGAUACCCUGGUCACCGCACACUUCAUUGCAGAACUCCGGCGCACUAUAUCGUUCUGAAGAUGAGGCAUUUCUGUGUUCGAUUGAGCCGAGAACUAUUCAGGAGAUGGAAGACAAGGCAGAUGAUUUGAAUGCAUUUUACGAUGUGCUUCCAAUGUUUCCAAAGCCAAGGUGGCAAGCACUGUAUGACUAUUCAUCUCCAGUCGCCCUACCCGGUGUUUUUUACUUCAUGAAUAUUUCCUCAUUUGGCAUGUGCUGGGCAAUUUUUCUCAUUGUUGGGCACACCAUCCAAUCCUUAUUUACGGCAUAUGGACCGAAUACAGGGGACUUGGUUGUGGAUCCAAAGAUUAGUUUGGGGAAGCACAUGUUCAUGGACAUAUUGUGGGUGCAAUCUCUCCUCUCGGCUAUGAUAUUGAUUCCAGAAUACUUUGGAUCGUCGAGCGUUAUGCUGGCCACUUCCUUUAUGUUAUCCAACUCUCCGAGCCUUGGGAUGAGUCUGAAGUCACACUAUCAUCACUUUCACAGCCAAAAGGGCCGGCCAUUCGUCUACGGAGAAUGGUGGUUAUCCGAUAUCAUCAAAUGUCUCUUUUUGGGGUACAUGGUUUCAGCUUUCUGUAUUUGUCUUGGGCAUUAUUCGGAUAUGGCAAAUCUGAAGGUGACUGGAGUCUUCUUCAUGAACCUUACCCCAUUGUUCGCAUGCGAAUCCUACAGAUUGUUGCUUUCAAUUCCUGCAAGGUUGGUAGGUCCGAAUGAUGACAAGAAAUUCAAAUAG